AACAUCCGACCAUGUCAAAAAAUCAUUAGCUAGUUAGCCAACCAAAUAUAUAUAUAUAUAUAUAUAUUAACGUUACCAGCAUAUGAAAAAUAUUCUCAAUAACUUGCUAGCUAGCUGACUCACUUUACUAUGAGGUGAAAAUGCUUGUUCUUGUUGCAUACUAACGUUAAUUGUCAUAAUCAUGUCGCUAGGUGCGUCAAGUAUGUGUCCCACUCAGAAAAGGACACUCUCGUGUCUGCUCGCAGGGCGUGUUGGGAAGAGGCCAAAGCAGGAGAAUAUACAGGAGCUGCAGGAGGCAGCAGUACAGCUGCUGAACAUACACCAGAACCUCUCAGAUCUGUUUCUGGAGGUGGGGAGUCCAAAUCCUUGCAAUUUAAUUUGCAAGGAGUACUCUGGACAGAAAAAAGCAGCUAGUGAAAGUCCCUCACCUACAAUUGGGGGUUCACUUCUGGGUGAGUUUUCAGGAUAUGUCUUCCAUCAAGUGAAUGAGUUGAAGAGGAAGGCUGGGGAGCUGGGGGUCCCGGUGGCAGCCCUGUCAGUGAAGAUAGUGGUAGAAAGACUGUUGGACCUGACCGGCCAUAUCAAAGGGGACCGAGAGCAAGUGUUGCUCAACUCCACUCAAAGGGUCCAGCUCUCCGUGCUUUUCCAAUCAACCCGUGAGCUUCUCUCUCUUGAAGCCUUCUGCUCUAAACUCUUCUGGCAGGAGUACUGGAGGGAUCAGAAACGGCCCAUGCUGGAGGUGGUGUACCACUUACACACGCAGAAUAUCCUCUCUCUGGAGUACAUGUUGGAAAGUGAGAAUGGGGUGAGAUCAUGGUUGAUGUCUGAGUUGAAGGCUCUGUGUGGUAGGACAGCUACUGAGGAGGGAGAUGGAGUACCUCAGCAGGUUCUCUCAACUGUGGUAUCUGUGUUGGUGCGAGCUGUUUUUGAGGAAACACAGGACUCCACAGCAGCACCAUGCAGGAGGCUCUCCCAGGUGUGCCGUUCAGUGCUGGAUGACAUGCUCUCCUGGGUACUGGAUACUUUGAAUUGCAAGCCAACCCUGCAGUCUGGUGAAACAACAGCUGAAUUAUGGGUACAGAUGUUUGAUGCUUCCUUGUGUGGUGUGUCUGUAUCACCUGAUGCACUGCGCCAUUUCUUCACCCACUCUCUCACACACACUCUCACCUACAGACCUAGACUCAAAGUGUCUGAUGCCAUUGCCAUGCAAAGAGAGUGGAGCUUUGCUAAAACCUGCAGACUGUUGACCUCCUUGUUUCAGAAGUUGGCAGUGAUAUUCAAGGUAGAUGAGCUUCUCUCUCACCUGCAACAAGUACUGGAGACUCAUGAGGUCAACUGGCAGCAUGUGCUCUCCUGUCUCUCCACCCUGCUGGUGUACAAUCCAAACACCCAGCCUAGCCUAAAAGAGCUGCUGUCCAGGCUCCUAAGCUCAGCGUUUGAGGGGUAUGACUUGGAGAACAUGAUCACUGCCUUCCUCCUGGCCCGUCAGGGUGCGCUUGAAGGGCCUGGUGUUUUCCCCUCCUACAGCGAGUGGUUUAAGAUGUCUUUUGGUGGUGCUAGCAGUUACCAUGGCAACAGUAAGAAGUCUUUGGUGUUCCUGCUAAAGUUCCUGUCGGACCUGGUGCCCUUUGACCCCCCACAGUAUCUGAAGGUCCACAUCCUCCAUCCACCCUACGUGGCAGUGAAACACCGGGCCCUACUGCAGGAGUAUGUAUCCCUCACCAAGACAAGACUGGCUGACCUGAAGGUCUCAAUUGAGGAGAUGGGCCUUUAUGAGGAUAUCUCUGGAGCAGGAACCUCAGUGCAGCCCCGGUGUCAGGCACGUCAGGAUGUGGAGAAGGCAAUCUCGUUGUUUGGGAGCACAGGAAGGAUAUCUGCCACUGUCAUGGAGGCCAGCAUUUUCAGAAGGCCUUAUUUCCUGUCUCGUUUCCUUCCUGCCCUCCUAACCCCACGUGUGCUUCCUGUGAUGCCUGACGCCAGGAUGAAUUUCAUAGAUUCUCUUAAAAAAGCGGAAAAGAUCCCAGCUGCCCAGCACUCCUCCUACAUAGAGUCAUGUCAGAGAGAGAGACAGAGGCAACAGGACAGUAAAGGAGUCUCUGUGGUGAAUGAUGAUGAUAACCCACAGGAGGUUUUACAGGUCCAACUACAGGAACAUAGAGCCCUGCUAACAGAGGGGGGCAGUGGCGGAGAGGUGUCAGCCCAGCUGGCCAGGAUCUCCCACACUCUGAGUAUUGUGUUCCCUGAACGUGCUGAGGAACUGGUCAGCCAGGCAGUCAUCCAGCUUCAUGUAGAUGAGUCCACUUUCUCUGAGCUGCACAAUAAAGUGGUGAACAUGCUCCUGAGGAGCUUCUGCCAGAGCCUUUUGGACGCCUCCAGAGUAAGCCCACCAAAUAAACAGAGCCCCUGGGCAUCCCAGUUUGUCAAUAUCCUGCUGGGACACAGACAGCUGCUCACUGCCCUCCUUCACCGCAUGUGGGACCUGCUCCACAACCAGGGGGUAUCAUUGAGUGCUGCACAUGUGCUUGGACUGGCAGCCUUUGUUGUGCACCUUCAUGCCUCCCAGACCAAGUGCCCCAAGGUGCAGCUGUGCCCACCCCUGCUGCCCGGCCCUGUGUCAGUACCAGAGGCACUGACCACUGCUCUGCCCUGCACCACACAAACCAACAUGCUAUUCUGUGUUAGGUUCUGCGUGGCUGCAGUUUGCUAUGGUCUCUGCAGGAGUGAGUCACUGUGUGAUCAGCCGCAGCAGUAUAAUCCCUGCAGCCUCUAUAAAAAGCUGCUGUACCUAAUUCCCAGACUAAUGCCAGAUAUGAGGAGGUUGCCAAUUGAAGCGAGUGGGGAAUCGGAGUAUGUAGGGGCAAACAAACAGGGUGAGGAGGAGAAUCGUGGGUUGUGGAAGAGUGUUACUGACACAAAUACAACCUGGAGGAAGUCAGCCUGGGCACUAUGGAAACACGCCCCCUUCCGUCUCCUAGUAAAACUCCCAGAAUACCAGUUCUCAUUUUCAGAGUGGCUGGCAGCUGAACUCAGAGUUCAGAGGAGUGAGGAUGCCCUGUCUGACCCAGAUAGACAGGAGUAUCAACAGUGGGCGUGUCAGCAGCUAUACCUGCCAUCUCCUGUGGACAAGGGGGGCUGUGCAGGAGACUUAAGGACAGCCUGCUCCCACAUUCUUAACGCUGUCAUGGACCAGAAGACAGUAUGUGCUCCGACCCAGGAGAACACUGAACACAGACCCUCGGAGGCAGGCACCUGUCUCCCAGACAUUUUCUCCAGACUUCAGGAGAUUGUCUAUGAGAUGGAGCUCACUAGUCUCUCUCAAAGGACUCAAGAUAAGGGACAUUUCCUAUUGGAUCUGAUUUCACAUAGAUGCUCUGUGACCUCUGACCUGCAGAGUAUCAGCAGUGAGCUUAGCAUUCAGCAAACAUUACAUACGUGGAACAGGGUGAUACUGGCACUCCCUGCAGUCAUGUUGGUUACAGUGAAGACUGGAGGAGGGAAGAGGACUCUGGACUGUGAGACCCUCAUGGAACAUAUCAACCAGUAUCAGAGGAAGGGCUGUUCCCCAGCUGGACUGCUGCCCUACCACCUCACAGCACACUUCUUAAGAGCUGUGCUCAUGGCCAGUGUGAGCUGUGACUGUGCAUCAGGAGAAGUGAACAAGGCCAUGUCUCUGAUCAGUCUUCAAUGUCCACUGCUCCUCGUCUCUGCUGGGCACUGGUGGGGCCGCCUCUCCCCUGUAUUGGUGUCUCUCUGGCAUCGCCUCACUGACGGACAGCCCCUGCCUCAGCAGCUGCAGGUCCUGGCUGAUUGUCACUUGUGGGGCUGCAGUUCAAAGGAUGGAGUGUCAUGCCCUGUCCCCUCUGCCCCGCCCCUGCUCCUGGCAGCUUGUCUGCACUGUGUAUGGGAAGGUCAGGCGAGUGGCAAGAGCAUCAGGACAAGCCUGGAGAUGUUGGGACAGCUGACAGAGCAGCACAGUCAGCUGCUGGUGUUUCUGCUGUUCCUCUGUGUGACUGACCUCCUCACAACUUUUCUCACGCCCCAGAGGGUGAAGGGUCUUCAGAGAGCUCAGGAACUCUGUAAAGAUAUCCUGACUGUCCUUGUGGACUCUGCUGACUGGCUGCUACUAUUCAAGACACCUUGCUCUGAAAAAGGGCUAUACCAGCCUGUGGCCGUGGUAACAUCAGAUGAAUACACAAGACUGAUGCCUUUAGCCUUUUACAGCCUGGUCCCCCAUCUUAACUCUGAGAUAUUGGAGAAAACAGUGAAGGCCCCAGGGUUCCUCCACACUGCUGUGCUCUGCUACUCCUCCCUUAUCAAGCUCUUUAUGGAUGGCCAGACUCCCUGCCCUGUGACUGAGCAUCUGACUGACCAGAUGGACCCCUCAUAUAUUCUGACUAGGGCCCAGCAGGUGCUUCUGAAGAGUAUAUCUAUGACAUCCCCAACCUCACUGUCUCAACAUCAGCUGAACCAGCUGGAGGCCUUAUGUGUUGAUCUGGACCCGGAGGUGGCAGCAGCUCUGGUCUUUCACCUCAGCUCUUCCAGCCUCAGCCCAGAGCUGGACUUCCUGUGAAUGGAUGUAUAUGGGGCUACAGGCACACCACAGACUGUUAAUGACACUAACUUGGCUUCCUUCAUGAACAAGAUAUAUAAAGAUGAUUAGUAUGGGUGCGAGAGGACUUUGUCUUUGUCCUCCAAUGAAGAAUAUACUUGGAAUAGCUACAAUAUAAUAUUGCCUUUAGGUUAUGUGGUUGGCAGUUGUAUUUUAAUUGUGUGUGUGGAACAAAUUGUGGUUUUGGGAGCGCAGUGUAUAUUCAGCAUUGUAGAAAGAUACCUGUACACAGAAGAGCCUGAUCACUUGUAUAGCUGUUUAAGUUUCACCAGCCCUUAUGAAUGUUGUAAGGAAUAAACUUAAUCAAAUAACUUCAUUUAAAAAAGCA